ACGAUUUAUAUGAACUAUACAAAUUUCAAGAUGGCCUCCACUGUCAAAAAAUUAACAAUCCUCUCAAAAUCAUUUUCAAAGAACGCAUUCGUUUGUUCGAGACAUUUACAUUACAGAUGCGAAAAGAACUUAUCAUGGCAGCGUCACUUCCUACACAAAGCAAGACCACAGCACACAAUAUUCUUGUUGUCAGCAAGAUUAGCAAGUACAAAUAUGGGUAUACCAAGCGGCUACAUACCAGAUGUCCCGACGCCACCCAAGCUGGACAUUAUUGAGCACCUCCCACAACUAAAUUCUCUCGGAGAGCCCUAUCUGUCGAGCCUUGGCCUUGGGUCCUGGUUCCCACCUGGCAGGAUGCAGGCCAUAUUGGAGUUCUUCCACGUGUCUGUCGAUAUACCUUGGUGGGCCAGCAUCACUGCUGUGGCGAUCACAGUCCGUUGUUUGUUGUUUCCCUUGCUGGUAAAACAGAGGAGGGUCCUCACAAACAUGGUGAACCACAAACCCACUGUUGAAAGACUACAAAAGAGGGUUGAAAUUGCAAAGGUCAAGGGAAACAAUGUAGAAGUUGCGAAGUACGCACAACAGUUGAGAGAGUUCAUGGUACAGAAUGAGAUAAAUCCAUUAAAAUCUCUCUACGCGCCACUUGUGCAGUUUCCGCUGAUGUUGUCCAUGUUUCUCGGACUGAGAAGCAUGGCCGCUCUCCCCGUGGAGAGUUUCAAGUCGGGAGGGGCCCUCUGGUUCACGGAUCUCACAGUGCCGGACCCCUACUUUGUGCUGCCUGUUGUCACCUUUGCCUCCCUGUUGCUAAUUGUAGAGGUUGGAUCUGAGUCUACAAAGGCGUCCCAUAUGGCCCAUCACAUGAAGUGGUUCAUGCGAGCCAUGCCUGUAGUAGCUAUGGUCAUCACAGCCAGUCAGCCUGCGGCACUUGCCUUUUACUGGACGGUAAACAACAUAAUGAGUCUUAUAGUGGCCAUGCUGUUUAAGACAGAUGUAGUUAAACGAGUGUUCAAGAUUCCACAGAUCUACAAUGAAAAAGUCAAGCCAGAGAGCAAGGGCUUUGUGCAAGGCUUUAAGGAUAGUAGUAAUGGAGGAUUCAAAACGUAAGAAGAGUGCAGUCAACAGGAAAGUUAUCGAAGACAUGGAGUUCAGAAAGGCGGGAACUGGCCCGGUACCUAAAACGUAUGCAUAUGACCCAACCAAGAGGAGGAGUGCAACUGGGUAACCAUGGAAACGAAUACUUGAGAAACGCUAGGUGUUUGCUAGAUCGUUUACGGCACAUAAAUAUCUUCUUUUUAUUGUGCUGAUGUAUUUUUAAAAUGUUGAAGUAAUACAAAAAUUCAUGCAAUUGUUAUUGUGGUUUAUCGACAGCUGUGCAUUUGAUAUCUAAAGCGUGUCAUUCUUAAGUAUUUUUACUAUUGACUGCGCCGCUUGUAGUUGGAAAACGGCAUGUAGUCAGAGGUUGAAUACGAACAUAAGAGACCUUGUUAAAAAUUAAUCCUUUGUUCCAAAAAAAGAAGCAGGGCAUAACUCUGGGUGCUCACUAGCUUUUUUACAGCGCUGACUUUUCCAUUGUGCUAUGGUAGUUAAAAUGUUGAGAGCAUAUUAUAGUUUGUGACAUGUUACCAUCUUAAAAAACACUUCAUGCUUUAAGUUUUUCUAUGAAACUGUUAUUGUUAAUGUGGUAUUAAAAUGUCAUUGCAGUGUGUACAAAAAAAGCACUAAAAUUAUGUAACUGA